AUGCAAUCUGACUUUCUUUUCCAGUGUGAACACAUUCCGGGUCGACAAUUUCGAAGUGGAAGCUACAAAUGUAUGUGUCGUCAGGGUUUUGAAUAUCCCCUCAACGACUUGACUUGGUUCUUCGAUGGCGAGACAAUGGAAAAGGAAUACGAGUUGAAGAUGUCAGGUCAACCGAGUCGAUAUGACCUUCUCAAAUGCCGCCAGGGUCAUGCAAUGACCGUGCAAGUAUCCAUGGUGUUAAUUCUUGUAAUUGCUUACAUUGUUGCUUUCUUUUAG